AUGCAACUCAUCAAGAUCGUUUCUAUUGCUGCGGCAUUCGCCCCAACGGCCUUGGCCAGGCUCGACCCACUUCCCACAUCAACCGACGCUGCUCAAUACCUCUCCGACCAUGCAGGCUUCGCAACCACCAUCACCGGCGCCCAGGCCACUUCACUCGUAAGCGCAGUCUACAGCGUCGAUGUGAAGUACCAAAACGAUGCCAAGUUUACCACCAUGUACUCGCACAUGUGGUCCGCCGCUGCCAAGGCCUCAAACGGACCCGAUCUCGUGGGCUCGAUGGCCGUCGGUGGCCUGGACAUGGCAACCAUGAGAGAUGAAAAUUGGUGGAAGGAUAACGUGCCCGAGAAGGAAGACAAGUUCCUCGCGGAUUACCUUUCAGACUACCAGAAGGCCGCCAACAGUGUGCUCGCAACCAAAACUGGCUCCAAGGGCGCCGCACCAAAGUGUACCGGCAUGGCCCUCGCUGCUGCCGGCGUGGCUGCAGGUGUCAUUGCCGCCAUGUAA